AUGUGGCAAGGUCCCACGCUGCACGACCUAGCUCGGCAGUCUGAUCCACCCAUCAAGGCACCCAGCUAUCGGCUCAACGAAAGGUUCGACGUGCACGCCGCACCUCGAGUCAGGCAUUUCAUGUUCAAUGUCACGGAGCGACUUGCGCGACCUGAUGGGAGAUUGAGAAUGGUAUAUGCAGUGAAUGGUCAGAUGCCAGGCCCCUUGGUGGAGGUGAAUGAAGGGGAUCGACUGGUGUUGACGGUGAACAAUCACCUCACUGGCAACCUGCAUAACAAGUCCAUCUCUAUCCAGUGGCACGGCUUGUUCUUCAACGAGACCUCGGCCAGCAUGGCCAACCCAGAAGGCGUCCCUGGCUUGACUGGAUGCUCUUUGCUACCUGGUCAAGGGCAGACGUACACCAUCCCGCUGGAAGGUCAGGCAGGGACGUUCUGGUGGCAUGCGCAUGUAGGCGAGCAGAUGGGCGGCGGGCUAUCAGGCCCGAUCAUUGUUCACUCAAGCAGGAAGGAGGCUUACAGGCGCAGGAGGGACUACGAUUCUGAGCGAGUACUGAUGCUGCAGGAUUGGGACCACGAAAGCGAUCUUGCCGUGGCCGCAGCUAGUGAGACCACUCACGGUCCGCAGUCAACGCUGAUCAACGGCAGAGGCCAGUUCGACUGCACCCUCCUCCCUCCUGGUCAUUCCUCGCCGUACUGUCUCAACCGACUCAACCCACGCCGCCUCUUCGUCAAGCGCGAGCGUGUUCGCUUCCGCAUCAUCGCCACGGCCUCGAUGGUCGUCAGCUUCGAUGGCCGACACGCAGAGAUGAUCGCUGCGGACGGGACGGACCUUGUGCGUCGCCGAAUGAAGAGACUGCUCAUCAGCGCAGGGCAGCGCUACGACGUGAUAGUCGACUUUAGGCAGCAAGGACCUACGGACUUCUGGCUACGCUCCAUGCUGAACCCUGCGUGCUUCCCCUCCAUGGAAUCCGCGCCUAGCAGGACGGGCCUCCUUGCGCGCACGCGAGACCGUCUGCGCGUCACUUUGCCGGCCUUGCCGGCUACGACGGACUGGCCUGGCCCGAUACCAUGGAGGUGCGCCGACUUUCCUGACCCUGUCCUCAUCCCUGUGAUUGAAAAGCAAGUACCCGCGAAUCGUGAUAGAGAGGCGCUGGGGAUUUUGAAUGCCAGACAUGGACUGAUCAAGAUGGUGGGCACAGCUCACGACGCGCGAGCUGCUACUGCGUCGCUUAGUGAGAACGCGCACCUAGUGGGCCCGCCUGUGCUCGCCACCACCGCGCGAACGGGCAGCAUUUCCGAAAUAGUAGAUGUUGGGCGCCUGCCUCUCUUCGAAGUCAAAGACGACCAAUGGGCGUACGAUCUCGUCAUCAAUAAUCUGGACAAGGAAUCGCUCUCGAUCCACUUGCACGGCCCGCCCUCCCAUAUCGUACGUCGUGGCUCAGGACCAAUCAGCAACGCGACUGCCUGGCUCUCCGCUCAGCCCUCGUUCGACCUGGCCAAUCCGAUAAGAAGGGACAGCCUCCUCGUGCCCGGCGAAGAGCACAUCGUCCUCCGCCUGAAGACGGACGUGGCUGGCGUAUGGGCGAUUGAGGCUCGUGGAGCACGUCAUCAAACCUCCCUCGGCGCGCUCGUCGUGCACCCGCAACAGAUCAAGAAGCUCAAACUCUGGACAGAGCAGAGCCAGCAGGUCUGUGACCGGAAUGCGAACAGAUUGAGGGAGAUGAAGGUGCAGAGGGAGAGGGAGGAGAAGGAGGGCGAAGGGGAACAGGAGACGAAGAGGAAGGGGAAGGACCUGCGCCAUCGUGAUCGUCUUUGA